UAUCGUAAAUGUAGUUAAAUUUUUUGUAACUAUUAAUAUUUCAAAAUGCUCUAUAGUUUAAACGAUUUAAAAAGCAAUAGUAUCGACGUCUGUUUUCAAGUUGUUAAUGUUUUAUUGCAACUCCUCAAUGACAUAAUAUAUCAUCCAAAUCAACCAAAAUUCAGAAGACUCUAUUUGGAAAGUGAUGUAAUUCAAAAUAAGCUUUUGCCUUUUGCCGGUGCUAUGGAAUUCCUUUUUGAAAUUGGGUUUAUAGAUGAUGGAAUUUCUUUAGUGUUGCCAGAAUGUAUAAGCCUAAGUGCAUUAAAGAACUACAAACAACAACUUAUAAACAUAAUUUCUGAACAUCAAAAGUUAAAUUUAAAUGAAAAUAAUUUCUUAAAAGAAAUUAGUUCAACAUCAUUGGAUGUACUUAAGUUUGAAGAUAAAAUAUUGCAGAGCAAAGCAUUAGAAAACUUAUCGCUAGAAGAUAUUGAGUUAUUUUCAAAUGUCGAUAAAAAUGAUGCAUUAUACCACGAGAAAAUGAUGUUAAAACUUAUGAAAUGGUUUAAAGAGUCAUUUUUUAAAUGGUUUGAUACGCCAAUCUGCCAGUUCUGCUCUAGUGCUACAAAAUUUAAAGGAUUAAAUCACAUUAAAAUAGAUGAAAAUGUUAGAUAUUCCGAAAUGUAUGAAUGCGAAAACUGUUGUUCGGUCACAGAUUUUAAAAGAUAUGGUAUUUGUGAACAACUCUUAACUACUCGUCAGGGUAGAUGCGGUGAAUGGGCCAAUUGUUUUACUUUGUUCUGUAGAGCGCUUGGUUGGGAAGCAAGAUUGAUAGUUGAUAAAACUGAUCACGUAUGGACUGAAGUCUGGUCAGUUAAUCAAAAAAGAUGGAUUCAUUGUGAUCCGUGUGAAACUGCUUUAGACAAACCGUUACUAUAUGAAAAAGGUUGGGGGAAAAAAUUGUCAUAUGUUAUCGCCUAUUCUAAUGAAGAAGUUCAAGAUGUUACUUGGCGGUAUGUAGAAAAUAAUAACACCGUUUUAAAAAGAAGAAAACUCUGUUCCGAAAACGAGUUGUUGACUACGAUUUUAAGUUUGUCGCAUCAUAGGCAAAAUAAUUUAUCAUUUUCAAGACGUAAAUAUAUUGCAGAAAGACGUUUGAAGGAGUGUUUUGAAUUGUAUUUUAUGUUGUACAGUAGAAUAUCCAAACAGACGUUAUUUCAGGCUGGACAUUCUGAAGAGUCUACUGAUAUUGAAAAUUAUGGUGGAAGAACGUCCGGGUCUCUCGCAUGGAGAUUAGCUCGAGGGGAAACGCAAAUUGAGAAAUUUGUUUGGACUCCGUCUGAGGCUGAAAUAGCCAAUAAAAGAUUCGAACUCAAAUAUUCUACGGCUAUUGAUAAAUAUAUCCAUGGCACUAGCAUUCAUGAAGGAUGGAAAAGUGGUGUAUAUAGUUAUAGUUCAUUAUUUCGCAAAGAAGAAUUAGACUGGAAAAAUGUUUAUUUAUGUAGAGAAGAAUACUGUGAGAAAUCAACAAUAGAGUGGCGAUUUGACUUUUCUUCAAGUGGUCUGGUUAUACAAGACAUUAAACUAAUUUAUACUACAGCAUUAUUUAACACAGGUCAAGUUGAUUGGAAGUUGAUUGGAAAUAAUCUCACAGUGAAUCUACCUACUAUUGAAAAUAUUAAAGAAGUCAUUGUGGAUCAAAUGAACGGCGCUGAUUUUGUAACAUUAAACGCAAGUUUAUCUGGAGGAUCUGGAGACUUAGCCUGGCAACACUCUCAAAUAUUUAGACAGUCGAUAAAAGACCAAGACUAUCCAUUUCAGAUCAUAAUUAUUCUUAAAUAAAUGUUAAACAUAAUAAUAAAAUAAUAAUUGUUCAUUAUUUAU